CCUGGUGAGUGGGGGCAAGUGAUGGCACUGUAGCUGGCGUUGAUGAAUGCCAGGGUGCACUGAUCGCCUUCUCAUCGCUGAGUGCGCUCUACAAUAUCGUGGAAGUCCGGUCGUUGUUCUUGAGGGAGCGCUCGAGCGCCUAUUACAGCCCAACGGCCUGGCUGCUUUCACGGGUGGUGUUUGAUGUCCUUCCUCUCCGCAUCCUGCCGACGAUUGUUGUUUCUACGAUGCAAGUGCGACCACUGAGCGCUUGUUCUGGCUGACCUCUCUGAUAGCACGUACUGGAUGGCAGGACUGGCGCAUGAUGCCGCCCAUUUCUUCAAAUUCCUUUUUGUCCUCGUUUUGUACACCCUGGCAAUGACGCUCUAUAACUUCCUCCUCGGGACUCUAUUCCAAAACGGAGGGAUUGCGAUCCUGCUCUCGGCGCUCUCAGCUCUCUUCCAGAUGACGUUUGCGGGUUUCUUCGUCCAUCUGAACUCGAUCCCUCCUGUCCUCCGAUGGCUGCAGUGGAUUUGCCCCCUCAAGUAUUCAUUGGAAGCUCUUGCCGUUAACGAAGUCGGCGCCGGGCUGAUGAUCCAGGACACACUGCAGGGUGUCCCGGUGAAUGUCUCGGCCAGCCUCAUCAUGAAUUUGCUGUUCGGGUUCGGCGCCAACAAUUACUAUCGAGAUGUCCUGGUUAUGUUUGCGUUCAUCGCAGGUUUUGGGUUGGGCGUGAUUGGUGUUGUGUGGUACAGGGUCCGGGAACUUCGAUGAUUUGCCGUAUGUUGCGUGAAAUCUUAUAUUCUUGUAAUUCUACGGUUUCUUGUU